AUGGCAAACAUGGAAGAUUCAGUAGUAGUUAAGUUCAUACUAACAGGAGGACGAAAAGGUGGACAUGUGCAAAUUUCUUCUUCCGGCUUUAUUCUUAUAGGUUUUUUUGGUGGUAUUACUUUUGGUACAACUUCAGGUACAACUUCAGGUACAACUUCUGGUUUAACUUCUGGUACAAUUUCUGGUACAAUUUCUGGUAUAACUUCUGGUUUAACUUCUUCUGGUAUAAUUUCUGGUACAAUUUCUGGUACAAUUUCUGGUUUAACUUCUGGUAUAAUUUCUGGUACAACUUCUGGUACAACUUCUGGUACAACAUCUAUUACAACUUCUGGUACUAUUUCUGAUACAACUUCUGGUACAACUUCUGGUUUAAUUUCUUCUGGUAUAAUUUCUGGUACAAUUUCUGGUACAAUUUCUGGUUUAACUUCUGGUAUAAUUUCUGGUACAACUUCUAAUACUUCUGGUUCAACUUCGGGUUCAACUUUCGGCACAACUUCUGGCACAACUUCUGGUAUAACGUCUGGUACAACUUCUGGUACAACUUCUAAUACUUCUGGUUCAACUUCGAGUUCAACUUUUGGCACAACUUCUGGCACAACUUCUGGUACAACUUCUGGUACAAUUUCUGGUACAACUUCUAAUACAACUUCUGGUUCAACUUUUGGCACAACUUCCGGCACAACUUCCGGUACAACUUCUGGUAUAACUUCUGGUAUAACUUCUGGUAUAACUUUUGGCACAACUUCUGGCACAACUUCUGGCACAAUUUCUGGUACAACUUCUAAUACAACUUCUGGUUCAACUUUUGGCACAUCUUCUGGCACAAUUUCUGGUACAACUUCUGGUAUAACUUUUGGCACAACUUCUGGCACAACUUCUGGUACAACUUCUGGCACAACUUCUGGUACAACUUCUGGUACAAUUUUUGGCACAACUUCUGGCGCAACUUCUGGUACAACUUCUGGUACAAUUUCUGGUACAACUUUUGGCACAACUUCUGGCAUAACUUCUGGCACAAUUUCUGGUACAACUUUUGGCACAACUUCUGGCUUAAUUUCUGGUAUUUCUUCUUUAAUUUCUUCCUUGAAUUCUAACGGUACCACAAUUUCCUCUUCUUCUUCUAUUGGUUCCUUUUUAAUUUCUUCUUCUUUUUUAAUAUCUUCUGGAGCAAUUUCUUCUACUAUAGGAACUUUCUCUUCUAUUUUCACUUCUGGUAAUACUUCCAAUUUACGCACUACUUCUGAUAUAUCAUCUUCCACAAUGUCUUCCACGUCUAAAGUUGACACCAAUGGUGAAGAAGGUGGUUCUGGAGGAUGUUCAGGUUCAAAUUUUACUUCGACCAUUUCCUCGCGGACUACAGGUUUUGCUUCUGCAGCUAUUUCAAUUUUUGGCUCCACUUCAGGCUCGACUUGUAUUUCGAUUUCUUUUGGCGGAGGUAUUUCUUCGCGAAUUCUAACUUUCGCGAUUAUUUCUUUUACAUCAGACUGAAAAAGAUCAAUAUAAUUAAAUCGUUGAAGAAAGUAAAUAUUAAAAUAGUUCAAAUAUCAAAUUCAUAGUUUUAUCGCUUUAUAAUUGUACAAUAUAUUUAUCGUUUAUUUUCUCGCGAUACUUACUUCAGUAUAUGCUGCCAUCUUUAUGGCCAACUUGUCGGCAUCCUGUUUCGCGGUCACGCAAUCAGGACAUUCCUAAAUUUGAAAACAUUUAAAAGAGUUUGAGGUCGUAUUAAAUGAUUUUGCAGUUAAAAUCGAACAAAUAUUAUAAUAUAAUUAAUACCGCUAUCGUUGCUCUGAUCGUAUCAACAUCAUCUUCCCAUGAUAAUAUUUCCAUUCGUGGGAUAAUAAUAUUAUCCAUGUCAAUUGGUAUAUCUGGUCUUUCAACUUUGAUAGGAGGUU